UAUGGCCGCGUCCUCGUCAGACUGGCGCCAACGCGUCUGCAUUCUGGCUAAGACUCGGCGCAUUAUCUCGUCCUCCCCGCCAGUCGUACGUCGGUGCCCGCCGUUUGCGCUGCAAUUGGCAAUAUGCAGCCCCAUAAAAUAAUUAUCAUCUAUUUUUAUAUUACAAACUCUUAUAUCAGUGCAAGGAGUAGUCACUCAGGCGGACAUAGUUACAGUAACAGUCACAGUUACGGUCACGGUACAGGAUCGCAUGGACGGUCGAUCUCCGCUCAUCAUGUUUAUUCACACCACGGAUACUACUCCUAUCACCCACCGAGCAAUAUUUUCUUCCAGUGCCGUUACUGUAACACGCCCCAGAUGUAUCCAGUGUAUCACGGCUCACCGCCCACCUAUGUUUAUAAGUACAGAGAAUCUGGUGGACAUUUUGGAGAUUUAAUAAGCGGUCUCGCUUUGUACAAUUUAGGAAGGAUAUCAAACGAACCGCAUCACUAUACGAGUACACAUUAUACGGCGCACAAGAAAGAAAGUUGCUCCCUCCAAAUUAUUGAUCACGAACAUUUCGAGGAGACGACUUUCCCUUGUUUCAUGAUGUCUUCCUUUAUGGCGAACGCUACAGCAAAAGAAGAUCCUAAUGCAGAAACAUUUGAUAUAUCGUCGUCUUUAAUUCACGUACACCCGAAUGUCAGUACUGGAUCAUCGUUGGAAGUGACGAAUCGUCAAGAGUGUACUAUUUGGCACAACUCGACUAUGAAUCGAGAAAAUCACACAAUACCGUGUACGUUGCUGAAACAGUAUGCUGAUACUGUGAAGUCAAGUGGGCUACCCGUAUACAUUUGGCUGCCGCUCUUGUUAGCUGUCGUGCUUGCCAUAUAUAUCUGUUGUCAAUGUUGUGCUAAGAAAAACAAAGAAGAUCUAAAGGAAACAGCGCCACUAAAUCAAAUGAAUAAUAUGGGUUAUUGUUCUAAUUAAGAAGUACGUACUUAAUAUCUCAUAUAAUAGUGAAAAUACAAUAAUACAUGUAAGAUAAAAAAUAUUAGCUAAUGCAUAUUGUUAUCUAAAAGCCUGUUAGAAAUAUAUGUACUUGAUAUUCAUUCAUAUAUGUAUGUAGGUGUCUAAUUGUAAAAUUUAAAAAUAAUAUAUUAUAAAGAUUGUGUCCCUUAAACCCUUAAACCGACUUCCAUUGUGACACAAUUAGUCAUUUUGAUCUAAAAACUAAAUUACUGAACCGAUAUUGAUAAAAUUUAUAUGAGACUAUUCUGUAAGUAAAUCCUUUCAGAUAAUAAAGAAUUUUCCAAAUUGGUUUAGAACUGACAAAGUAAGUUGAGGCGUUAUCAGUAUCCACUUGUGGCGGAGUAGAAGUGAGGGAUGAUAGAUGAGGAUGAAGUCAGAUGAGUUGGCCCAUCGUGACAAAUUUAUUUGUUAUGGUUUCCAGGGGAGCUGCGUGGAGGUCGAACUAAUAGGGUAUAUUGAGAAGGAAGGGAUUGCUAGCAAUAUACCCUGUCAGGUCGACAUUCACGUGCCCCUUCCCUCCCUGGAAACUAUCUUGUUGAAUUCUAGGCUUAUCCAUCAUGAUGGGGUAACUGAUCUGCCUUUUCAUUAUCAUCCAGCGUAUACCGUUAGCGUAGGCGCGGUUAUCAUUUCAUUGUCAUCAAUUAAAAAAAAAUUGUGUAUAUUGAUGGGGAAAUGGGGAUAGUGUUCAUAUUAUUAACAGUCAGCAAUCUGACUCCAAGAAGGUCUAAUGGGAAAUGUCGGCAGAGAUGCAACAGUGUUGCAUAGCCUUGAAAUAAAUUUAUUCAAUGGCGGGUAGUCAGUGGCCAUUUGAAUUUAUAGUCAGUAAUUAACCAAAUGUAAAUGUGUUUUUUAUAAAAUAAGGCAGUUUAUAUAAUCAAUAUUUGUUUAAAAUUCAUAAUGCUUAGAUGAACAAUUAAAGGCAUGAACAUUGUUGUUAAGUGUUAGUACAACUGCUUUCACUAUAAUAUGAAUUAGAAAGAGUUUGCAGAUGUUUGUAUGUUCCCUAUUUAAUCACGCACAAGCUUCUAGGUGGAUUUAGAUUUUCUAUUUUCCGUUUAGGAUUCUCCUAAACAAUUCGUUUAGGAUUCUAUUCUUGUUUUAUUUUUGUUAUAAAUUAAUUGUUAUUUUUCUAUGAGAAUCCGUAAAAUAGAUUACUUUUGUUUAUUAGUAUAAUUGGGAAUGGCAAACAACCUAUAACUAUUAUGUUACCUCCUACGAAAGUCUUUCUAAUAUUUCUUUCAUUUUGGUCUUUAUUUCAUUACAAACAGUGAUAGCGUAACUACUUGUGAUAGAGAAGCGUUAUCUGGUGUCAAGUGUUUCUAGACUGCUUUUGUUAUAUAGACAAUGAUUAUGACAUGUUAAAUUACUAUUUAAGUGUGUAAUUAUGUAUUGUUCUAGCUGUCUGUUUGCAUUAAAUAAAUAAGUAAAAAUUAAUGUGUAUUUCGAAGCACGAUUUAAUGCCAAUUUAUGGAUUCUCAUAGAAAACCAUGUAGGGCUUUUAACUAAAUUCAAUAUAGUGGAUUUCUUUAGGUAUACUCGUAGGUUAAUCUCAUAGAUUGAAAAUAAAUGAAGGUAAUAGAUUUAUAAGCGAGAACAAGACUGGAAGCUACUUGGUACUAAGUGCAUUGAAGUGUUAAUCAUGCAAAAUACUAACAAGAAACAUAGCCAUAGAUAGCCUAGUAUAUACAAUUAAGUUGUAUUCUCUGUUAUUUUAUAUUCAUGAUUAAACUAA